GGAAAAACUCAUUCUCCGGUCAAUAUUCCUCGUUUCCCGUGUGUGCGGUUGACGGGUAAACCCAAACUCCUUUUGGCGGCUUCUUAUUCUUCUUCAAUUCCAUUUCCAUGUCAUCUUUUGACAUAGUAAACACACGACUCUCUCGAAGUGUCGCAUGCUAACUCAUACUUCUUUCUACUGUUAUCAACAUAAAAUCAACAGUCUUUGUGUAAAGAUCCCGUCGUCAUCGUUUCUAGAUAGUUAUUGAACAACCACCCAACAGUAAUUCAUACGUUUUAUAUUUAUUAUAAUUAUCUGCGCACCAAGUGUUUGAAUAAAUGCUUGACCGAAUCAAGAAUAUGGGUUUCGUGGCUAUACUUUAUGCUUUUUCUCCUCUCUUACGGGUGUUCGUUUUCUCCCCUGUUCUCCACCUGUCUGAUAUAACUAUUCUUCCGUUUCCUUUUUUAUUAUCCUCGUCUAUCUUGGUGUCAUGAUUCUGCUUGUUUGACACGAGACAGAAUUGUUUAAGGAAGUUUGUUGUGCUUCUUGUUAAAAUUUCAAGAUAUAUUGAAAAUUCGAAAGUUUGGUUCAUUAAAUUUCGUCAUAGCAGUUAAAAAUGGGAAAGAUGUUGUGGACAGAUGGAGAUCAGUUUGAUAAUAAUCAUCCAGGAUGCAUAUCUGGCAUAUUUCAUGCUCUUCAUCACCAAUACUGGCACUCUAAUGUCAAGAAGAUAAUUCCACAUAAUACAAACCACAAAGGAAACAGAAGAUACACAAGGGUAUCAGACAACGAAGAUCCUUUUGAAUUUGUAAAAACAAGUCAUAUACUGGUGGAUAAGAGUAAUAAAAAAACAAGCUCAACCCAAAAAAAGUCACUAAAAGCUCGUAUAAAAGCAUUAAUUUCUGAAGAACAAAAUCAAGAAGUUGUAUCAAGCCCAAGGUUACAAAGGACUUAUUCAGUUCAUCAUUCAGAAAGCAAUGAAUGGGUUCACCCCAUCAUUUUCUUUCCUGAAAAUCAAGAAUUUGUAUCAAGUCCUAGUAAUGUUACAAAUCCUGAGAAUAAGGAUUCUCAGGAUAUUUUAGAAAUGUUUGAAGUUGACAAAGAGUUAUUUACAAAUAUCUUACAAGAAACCUCCCAACUUUCUGAUAUAAAACCAAAAUUAAUCAAAUCAGGUUCGUUUCCUUCUGGUAGAAAUUUCAAGCCAACAACCCUCAAAGAUAAGCUGAAUGAGUUCUACAAGAAAUCAAAAUCCAAGAAAUCAGAUUCAUCAAAUUACAAUGAUUUCAACAAUCAUGGUGUUCAUAUCAAAAGAGCAUCUUCCCUUAAUGAAUCUAGAGAUAGAUAUGCUUGGUUGUUUGAUUUUAAUGUCACUAAUGAAGGUGUUCUUCGACCUUCUAGAAGCUUGAAGCUAACAAACAAAAGUGACAACUUUUCAAAUGCUCAAGAACCAAGUUUUGUUUCAAGGAAUCCGGUUUCUUUUCCUUUAGGGUUAAAUUCUACGCAAGAUUGUGAGUGUUUGAAUGAAGAUGUAAUGGAUAAAAGUGACAAUCUUUCAGAAGAAGAAAUUGAGUCAGAUUUUCACAUCUCAGAAGAAAAUCUUGAGAAGGAAACUGAAAAGUCAUCAAAGAGAAAACAAUACAAAGAUGAUGAUGAUUAUAGUUAUGUGAAGCAGAUUCUAGAGAGAUCAGGUUUCAUCAACAACGGUUUUGAACAAACAUGGUGUUCAUCAAAUCAACCAUUAAACCCAUUUUUAUUUCAAGAAAUAGAGUCUGAAUAUGUCCAUGAUCCAGACCAAUUUGAAGAGGAACUGAAUGAAUUAUCUCAUCGAUUACUCAUCUUUGAAUUGGUUGAUGAUGUUUUGAUUACAAUGUAUGAAAGAUCAUUGACAUACUAUCCGAAAUCGUUGUCUUCUUUAUGUCACAUUCAUCCUGCUCCAUCUGGAUCGGUUCUUGUUGAUGAGGUCUGGAAGCGUGUGAGUCGACUCGUUGAGUUGAAACCGGAUAUGAGUGAGUCGUUGGAUUAUAUUGUGUCUAGGGAUUUGGGAAGCGAUGAUGGUUGGAUGAAUUUGCAGUUGGAUUCUGAGUGUGUUGCACUUGAUUUGGAAGAUUUGAUUCUUGAUGAAAUUUUAGAAGAAUUGUUGUGUGAAUGUAGUUAGGGUUUUUAAAAUCGCAUUCAAUCUGAUAAUUUUCA